AUGAGAACUCAUCCCACCAGAGGUAGUGUCCUGGAAGUAACACAAGUACUCAAGAGUUGUUUGAUGUCUCACCAAACGAGCUGUCAAAGGAGCAACCACCUAGAAGAAGGUAGAUCUCAGAUUGAGCUAGAACUAGACGUUAAGCCACCUGUUAAAGGUCCUUACCGUAUGGCACCAUCGGAGCUAGCAGAACUAAGGAGACAUUUGCGGGAACUACUGGAUGCAGGGUUUAUCAAGCCUCCAAAGCUCCAUAUGCGCACUAGUUUUGUUUCAAAGGAAGAAAGAUGGGUCCUUGCGGAUGUGCAUGACUACCAAGCACUUAACAAGGUAUCCGUGAAAAAUAACUAUCCCAUUCCUUUGAUUGCCGAUCUUUUCGAUUAG